AGUACAUUUAAAUAUAUAUAUGUGUAUAAAUUUAUAAUUUUUUAUUUUUUAAAUGUCAAUUAAAAUAUUUUGACACUUCGAGGUUAUUAAAGUUUUUUUUUCUUAUAUAUUUAAAUAAUUUUUAUAUUUUUAUGUGAUUACUGGUAAAUUAAAUGAUGAAGUGAUGAAAUAAAAUUAAAAUUAAUUUUUGAAAGUAUAAAUAAAAAUAUAAAAUGGUUUUCGAAUCGAUAGUAACAGAAUUAUUGAAUAAAAUAUUGGGAGAAUAUGUUGAAAAUUUGGAUUAUAAACAAUUGAAACUAAGCCUGUGGGGUGGCGAUGUAGUCCUCAAAGAUCUUCUGAUAAAAGAAAGUGCUCUAGAUGUAUUAGAUCUUCCAAUAAAACUCGAGUACGGUCGACUAGGGAAAUUGAUACUAAAAAUCCCCUUCAAAGACAUCUGGAAUGGUCAAAUCGACUGCAUAAUCGAGGAACUUUAUCUCUUGAUAGUACCCGCGAGCCAGGUUAAAUAUGAUUCCGAAAAAGAAGUUAAAGCUUCGCUGGAAGCGAAGCGAGCGGAGCUUGCGCGUAUUGAAAAGAACAAGCAGCUGCUCGAGCAAUCGAAGCUCGCGGAAAAAAUUGACGAUUCAAUGCUGGAAAAAUUACUUGCACGUAUGAUUAAGAACAUUCAUGUUGAAAUAAAGAGUAUCCAUGUCCGUUAUGAAGACCAUGUGACCUUCAAGCAGCAUGAAUUCGCAAUCGGGCUGACGUUGAACCGGUUAGCGCUUGAGAGCUGCGAUACCAACUGGACAGCCGCGGAAAAUCAGAAAGACAUGUACGCGAUUCCUCAGAUUUACAAACUUCUCACCAUGGACGGGUUCUCAGUUUACUUGAACCCCAAUCUAAUGCAGUUUAGCAAGCAGUCAUCGAGUAAUUACUUAAGACUCUUUCAUGAUUCGAUAGCGACCACCGAAAAUAUUCCUCCGGACUAUCAGUACCUCCUGGGGCCGAUAAAUGUCAAAGCUAAAUUGAAACUAAACCCGAAACCAGAAACAGAUGGAAGCAAUUAUCAGAUUCCCAAAGUGUGGCUGGAUCUAGAAAUGGAGAAACUGAGAAUUGGGUUGACAAAACGUCAGUAUGCGACCUUGCUACAAUUGGGAGAGGGUCUAGAUCGUGCUAAAAAGGCAGCCCCGUUUCGUAAAUAUCGUCCGGAUGUCCCAAGUUACCGCGGAUUUUAUCGCCAGUGGUGGCAGUUUGCUUACAAAUGUGUCCUGGAGGAACACGUGCUAAGAUGUAGACGGAAUUGGAACUGGGUGCACAUGAAAGAGCACCGAGAUCUCUGUCGUGAAUACGCGGAAGUUUAUCAAACAAAACUUACCUGCAAAAAAACAGCUCCCGCCAUUGAAGAACGGAUUACCCACUGCGAGCAAAACUUGGAUCUUUUUAAUCUGGUGGUGAUUCGUCAGCAAAUUGAGUUAGAAGUCGAGAGACUCGCGGAGAAAGAAAAGAGUUUGAAAGCUAAGCGUGGGUGGUUUGGGUUCCUUUGGGGGUCUACUCAGCAAGAGGAAGCUGAAGAUUUGAAUUCUGCGGCUGCUAUAAUGAAGCGAUUUCAGGACGCGAUGACCCCCGCGGAAAAAGAAAAAUUGUAUCGAGCGAUAGAUUAUCAGGAGAACAGCGCGCCUGCGCAUUACCCUGAAUCCUACGAAAUGAUUGACAUGGUUUUCUAUCUGCAUGGUUUGCAUAUCAUCAUUUCGGACACGGACAAAGAGGACCCAAAUGUUCUAGACAUUUCACUGAACGGCGUUCGCAGCGCGUUUAAAUUACGACCAGCUGCCAAUUCAAUCUACACAACCCUUUCCCUCAAUGAAAUAAAAGUUCUAGGAGUCAAGCAGAACAAUGAGAUCCCUUCGCUUAUUCAAAAUGACGUAGAACGUCAAGAUGUUCUUUUUAGCGUGAGCUAUGAAAAGAACCCUCUUGAUAAAUCUUGCGGUGACAGGAUUAUUGUUAAGUCCAAGUCGGUCCACUUUGUUUACGACGCGCAGACAAUUAUCCAAUUGGUAAAACUUUUUAAAGUAUCCAACCAAUCUGCGUUUAAUCAGAUCCAGCAGGCAGCUGCUGAACAGCUUGAAGGUCUCAAAGAAAUGUCGGCUCUAGGACUUGAAUACGCGAUUCAAAAACACUCUCAGCUAGACAUCCAAGUUGAUUUGGAAGCUUCCCAAUUGAUUGUUCCGCGAAAUGGUUUCUAUCGCGCGCGAGAGUCUAUGAUUGUUAUUAAUUUGGGUAGCUUGAAAGUGCACACCCUGGAGAAACCGCGAGAUGAAAUGUCAUCGCAGACAGUGCGUCAGUUGGUCAGUAUGGGUAAAAGCGAGGAAGAUAUCAUGAUGCAUUUGCGUGAGCAUUCUUACGACCGGUUCGCAUUGAAGAUCGUAAACUUCCAGGCACUUGUUGCUACCAAAACUGAAGACUGGAGACUCGGGUUGUCUAUGUCAUCAAGUCCGAUGGUGAUUUUACAACCUACUACCCUAGAAAUCCAGUUCCACAAGUGUCUGGUCACUGAUGAUCCGGUUCUACCCAAGAUGCGUAUUAUUGGACAGUUACCAUCUUUGGCACUUUGUAUCCCGGAUUCAAGGCUCCUAGAAGCCGUGUCUAUAAUCCAGAGUAUUCCGUUUCCUGAGGACGAGUCCGAGCUCCAAGCGACUCCAUUAUCUAAGUCCUUGUCUCAGUUAUCACUAAAUUACGUAAAAGAAAUUUCCAAGCCUGUCCCUGAAGUUUCUGAGGACGGGGUCGUCCAAACUACUGAUCUAGAAGCUAACUUUGUCAUGAACGAAUUCACAUUGACUGUUUUUAAAGCAUCCGAUGAAGACAUGCGUCCAUUUAUGAAAGUUGAAGUACUGAAAGUCGAAGCGGAAAUGACGACACGAAGCUACGAGCAAGAUAUCAAGUUGCGGUUGGGUGGAAUCCAAGUCACCCAGUAUCAUAAAGACGAAGAAAUUUUUAUGAUAAACACGCCGAUGACUUCUGGACAUCAGGUUUACUUGAUAGUGGUUCACUUUGUUAGUGUUAGCAAGCGCUCACCAGAAUUUACGACGCGGCAUGGAUCGGUGGUCAAACUACUGCAGCUAGAAUUCACUACCCUAGAUGUUCUGCUGCACCAAGAAGCGUUAAUCAAUGUUAUGCGCUACGUAAAUGAAGUCCAGGAUAAAGUAACGCCACGCAGUUCGUUAGAUUCUAGAGUAGCGACCACCAGAGGAUUUUCUCAGCUAUCCACGAUCCAGGAGGAUACUUCGACGUUUUUCAAAGAUCAGCUACAGAAAAAGACUAAGAACCGUAAGAAAGUUGUUGUCGAGUGUAUUGAUUUGAAGAUAAAGGCAAAAAUUGGGACGAUAAGUUUAAAAAUAGCUAACGAGCAGCAAGAGAUCAGUGCAUUCUUCAUUCAGGGGAUCACUGCUGGUUAUAUUAUGAAAGUGUCUUACUCACAGGCUAACGUCAAUUUGACGUCGAUUCACAUCCAGGAUUUGAAUCCUAAGACUAUUUAUCAGAGCAUUGUUUCUGUGGAGAGCGGAGAGUCGCUCCAGGUACAAGCUGUUAUUUAUAAUGUGGAAGCGCAUGAAAAUAAGAACAACAUGUCAGUUAAAAUAAGCAUGGGUUGUCACCGGGUUGUAUUUCUCAAUGAUUUCGUGUCUAGAGUGAUGAAAUUCUUGAAUAAUUUCCAAGCAGCGCAGCAGGCAAUAGCUGAAGCCUCAGCCGCAGCAGCAGAAGCCGCCAAGACCAAUAUCAAGGACGCGCAGGCUUCGGCCGCACGAAUUGAGCUCUCGAUAAAAUUAAAAGCCCCAGUGAUUUAUGUUCCCAUGAAUUCUAAAUCCGAGCACUGUUUGAUGCUUGACAUGGGACAACUUACUAUUUACAAUAAUUUGAAAACUUUGAAUACAUCUGAGGAUGGAGAGUCUCCGAUUGUUGAUGAAAUGAAAAUCGAAUUAGCUAAUUUGAAAUUAUCGCGCGUUAGGUUGACUGAUAACUUCCAGACAGAAAACGAAAUUUUGCUGUUGCAACCGGUCAGCUUUGGGCUGCUCAUAAAACGCAACUUAUCUUCCUGGUUCACUUCAAUUCCGGACGUUGACAUGUACGGGCGACUUAAACAGAUUGAAGUUCUGAUGAGCAAACAGGAUUACGCGAUGAUUUUGAAAGUCUUAGAAGAGAACCUGAAUGAGUCUGAUGACCCGCAGGUUCAACCUGCCCGCGAAAAAAAGCUCGAGAACCAGAGGCCCAGUGUCAAAGAAGUUGAUGUCCAGGUGACUGAACGUCAAACUUCAGAAGUACAAAAGUCAGCACGCGCGUCAGUAAAAUUUGAAUUUAUCAUGGACAGUUUUAUGAUAAAUUUAUUCACAGGUGGCUCUAAACUGCUGCAAAGCAAAACUUCUCCGCUACAUUUACCAGAAAACGGCCUCGCGCAAUUCGGUCUCACACAUUUUGCAGUCAAAGGCACAGUUUUCGCAGAUGGAUUACUAGCAACUUCAAUUUUGCUGAUGAACUGCACAUUGGAUGACAAGCGACAAAGUCGUCAAGGCCAGUUGACACGAAUCAUGGAACGGACCACUCCCGUGCCUGUUUUGGAAGCCACCGAAGAUGACCAGAACUCAGAAAGACGUAGCAUGCUAGACGUAACCAUCCGUCAAAGUGUCAAUGAUAUUUUUGUAGAUGUCCGCGUCUUUUCUUUUAGUAUCAUCGUGUCAAUUGAUUACCUUAUGAAGAUCAAAGACUUCUUCAAUGUCCAAACGGCUCAGCCAGCCCAGCCACAAGUUACAGUGCAGAAGUACAGCGAAGUAAAGAAAAAAGCUGCUGCCCAAAGCCAAGCGAUGAUAACCUUGAAUCUUCAUGUAGAGAAACCAGAUAUCAUUCUGAUAGAAGACAUGGACAAUAUUGACUGCAACUGUGUUGUUAUGAACACCGAAUUAGUGAUGAAAGUACGAUUGAUUGGUGAGCAUCAAGUGAUAACUGGUUCCGUCAAAGACUUGUCAGUUUUAACAGGGAUUUACAACCCUGCAAAACGCGCUGACAGCGUGUACCAGGUCCUAAAGCCUUUUAGUGUCAGCAUUGCUGGUUCGACGCCCGAAAAUAAGGGCCUGCAUGUCGACGUCUGUUGCACGGACAUCCAUGUAUCGGUAUCACCUGGAGUUAUUGAAAUUCUGAAUCGCGUAUUACGUGGAGUCUCUUUGAGUGACCCGGAAACAGACCAUGAGGUCAAGGCUGAUCCUAACCAUCAAGGGCUUUGGCUCAUAACACCGUACGAGGAAACAGACUACUGGUUCCUCAAAACUGAGGUCGCUAUGGAAGCUGUUGAAGACAUUGCUUUCGUGGAUGACAGCGUAGUAGCUUACAAACCGGAACUAGCGAUUAUUUCAGCUCCAACUAUUCUAUUGACAUUGGAAGCAGGCGUAGGAAAUAAAACCCUGCCAAUGUUGCUGCUAAACGUCGGGUUCCAGAGCAGUAUUAAUGACUGGAGUACCAGAACAAUGAGCAUCGACGCCACCAUGUCUGUAAUAAUGGCUUACUAUAACAGCCGACUCGCGCUUUGGGAGCCGCUGAUCGAGCCAGUUGAGGUUAUUCAAAAUGGCGAACGGUCUUCGAAUUCUUGGGAGCUCAAGACCAAAAUUCAGUUCCAUGAUCUGGCACCCGAUUCCCGAGGCGCUAGUGCCAUUUCCCCGGGGUCGGAGAGCGAGCCCGAAGAUUUCAACCAGUCCCGCAUGUCGAUUGACAUCGACUCUGUUGAUAAUUUAGAAAUAACGGUGACGAAAACUUGUGUUGAGGUUAUGGAGCAGCUCAGCAAAGCGUUUACCAGCGCAAUGGAUGCUACGGACUCAGUUCCGAGGCUCGCGCCCUAUGUCCUAAAGAAUGAAACCGGUUUGAAACUGACCUUAGACUUGGAGGCAAGUAAUUUCGUGAUUCUUGAUAAAAAUCUAGAACCCGCGGAACGGGAGACUGGUAAUGAUGGUAAAUACAAAGAAGUAGUUCUAGAAACAGGCGCCGGGAUCCAACUAGCGCCAUUAAUCGACAAAAGAGAUUCUAUUAUGCUCGAGCAAAUGAGAACUUCCGUACAGCAGGACAGUGAUUACAAAUUUAUAAUAAAUUUCCAUGGGAUCAGUAACCAGCUAAUGAUUCCCGUCCUCAGGGCGGACAAGAGGUUCUUUUCGUUGAAGUACCGCAAGGAGAGCUCAGAAGAGUGGGGAAUAAUUUCUGAUAUUAUCGUUGAAAAUGGCAGCACUAUUGUCACCUUGAGAAGUAUUCUACAAGUCCACAAUCACUUCACAGAACCCGUUUCCGUUUAUUAUAUGACCAAGCGCGGGAAUGAAGUCGAAUGUGUGGGAACUGUAAAACCGGAUGAGAAACUCUGCUUACCGCUAGAUGCCGUCUAUACACCGACUAAUAUCUACUGGCUGUUCUUCAGCGUCGAUGAGUAUAUGGUUUCCGUUGAGCCCUUCAUCUGGAAGGAUUUGCAGAAAACUCUGAGUAUGACCAAAUUGCUAAAAUGUGAACCAAGGAAUAAACAGUCCAAGGAGCCAUUUUAUAUACAGACUGUAGGUGAAAUAGAACAAGUUUAUUUUGAAAAUACAACACGUCAUACUAUGUCGAGUACUAUAUAUAAUAUACAUUUGUAUCCGUCUGUUUAUUUGAAAAAUUUCUUACCAAUUGAUAUUGUUAUAAUAUUACCUGGUAUGAUUGAAGAAAAAGUCGUUAAAGCAAGUACAACGAUACAAUUACCAACGGUCGACUCCAAUAAUUCUAAUAUUAUUAUUAAGCUUUCGCAGUAUUUAGAAAAAGACUGGUCCUGCAAAGGCGACAUCGUCGCCAAUCCUCCUGAGUUUUCCGUCUGGUCUUUCGAGUCUUUCGACAGUUCUUCGAAGGUCGUAAUGGACCUAGGGAUGCACUGCUCUUUCAAACAUGGCUCCGUAACGAUGGCGCUCUACUGCCCCUUCUGGAUGCUUAACAAAACAGGAUUGAUGCUCGCCUACCGUAAAUCGAGUAAAGGUGGCAAAGAGACGAGUCCAUUUAAGAAAUUAUGUCACUUACGGCGACGGGGACGGCGGGGCGAGUACGGAAGGCGUAAAGGGAAAUCGAAUACCGAUGACUACCUGAACGUGAUUUAUCACCCGGAGACCUACAAAGGGCCCAUAAUGUUUUCCUUCCGUUCGAAAGCGUUCUUUGGUAAGAAAAAAGCAAUGGUCCGCAUCGAGGACGGCGACUGGUCCGAGAAGUUCCCGAUAGAUGUCGCCGGUAGCAAGGGAAUGGUAGUCUGCCGGUACAAUGGAAUCGACCACCGCCUGGGAGUUCACAACCAGCUGACCUACAAUUCCCUGACCAAGCAAAUAACCUUCACCCCCUACUUUGUCCUGAUAAACAACAUGGAUUUCCUGAUCGAGUGUCAAGAAGCCUAUCGACCAGCCAGUCCCAUCACCCGCGUUCCCGCCCGCGAAGUUAAAGCUCUCUGGCCCGAGUCCGACCAAGACCGCAAGAUGUUGAUUGCCAUGGUCGCGGGAAGUCCUGAAAAAACGGCUCCAUUUGUUUACACCGAAGUCCACACGACCCUCCUGAAGCUGGACAAUAAGUACGGUGGCAUCAACGUCGACAUCCAGAUAAACGAAGGCGGUAUCUACAUUUCCCUCUCCGCGUACUCUCUAGGAAAUGCCCCUGCGUUGAUAAUCAACCACACGUCGCAUACUAUUGACCUCUGGGAGAAAGGCUCCAUGAAUGUCCGGUCUCUCCAGUCAUUCAAUCGCAUGUUCUACACCUGGGAAAAUCCCUCGGGACCGCGAAAACUCCUCUGGGAAGAUAACAACAAAAAGGAAAUCGAGAACGACCUUCGCAAGGACAAUUUGGGCGCCUUCACUUUACCUGAAGUUGAAGAAGAAGUUUACUACGUUUCAUUUCUCGACGGAUUCCAGCGGGUUCUGCUUUUCACCACGAGCCUUAAAGUCGCGGAAGACUGUCAGCUAGUCGGAGACCUGGAGGUUAUCGACCAGGAAAUCACUUUGAACAUCCAUGGAGUCGGAUUGUCGUUAGUUAACAACGCGAGCAGGGUAGAGCUGCUGUACUUGAGAAUUGCGAGCUCGGGUAUCAUCUGGGAAACGCGGAAGACAAUCGGUAGCCGGUGGAAGCCACUGACUGCCUCAGAGGUACUGGUAAUUGAGGAAGGCUACCAAAAAUACGUAAGAGAAGUUCAAGUUGGCAGUGACCCCCCUUACCGAGUGAUGCUGGAGCCUAAAUUGUUGGUUGACUUCCAGAAUAUGGAAAUGCUACGCCCUCAUCGGCGGUACAUGCGUCGCACCUUCCAAACUGGACUCUGGAUUCAGUAUCGAACUUCUGUUCACCAAGUCCAGCUUCACGCCAAGAUAAACAGGCUGCAAAUUGACAAUCAAUUGGCAGAAUGUGUUUUUCCAGUUAUACUGGCACCGGUUCCACCGCCAAAGAGUGUCGCCAGUUCGGUAAUGAAACCAUUCGCGGAACUGAGUUUAGUCAAGCGACUUCUGGAACACAGUACGGUCCAGCAGUUCAGGUACUUUAAGGUCCUGAUUCAGGAAUUCCAUGUCAAGGUAGACAUUGGGUUCAUCAACGCGCUGAUGACCUUCUUUGAAGCCAACGAGGUGAGUGACGCCGAAGAAACUCGGCUCUUUGCUGAAGACAUGAAACUGGUCGACGAGCCUCUGAUCUAUCACGUCGCUAUGAUAACAACCGCUGAGCAAAAGAACUUUUUUGACCUCCUUCACUUCUCGCCGCUAAAGAUCCACAUCAGCUUCUCCAUGACUGGCGGGGGCGGUGGACCCUCUGCAGUACCUCAGUUCCUUAACGUUCUGCUGCAAGGAAUUGGCGUGACCUUGACUGAUAUCAACGACAUAGUUUUCAAACUGGCCUACUUUGAACGCGACUACAUCUUCAUGACCAACAAGCAGCUCAUCAGCGAGGCGACUAGUCACUACACAGGACAGGCCAUCAAACAACUCUACGUCCUAGUCCUCGGGCUUGACGUGAUCGGGAACCCUUACGGUCUGGUCGUAGGAACUAUGAAAGGAAUCGAGGACCUGUUCUACGAGCCCUUCCAAGGAGCCAUCCAAGGACCCGGGGAGUUCGCCGAAGGCCUACUUCUGGGAGUUCGCAGCAUGCUGGGGCACACUGUCGGUGGAAUGGCUGGUGCGGUUUCCAAGAUAACCGGCGCCAUGGGCAAGGGAUUGGCAGCUUUGACCUUCGACAAAGACUACCAACGGAAGCGUCAAGAAGGUCUUAAUAAACAGCCGGCUAAUUUGCAAGAAGGCCUGGCGAGGAGUGGGAAAGGUCUCGUCAUGGGAUUCGUCGACGGUGUUACCGGUGUAGUGAUGAAACCCAUUUCCGGGGCCAAGGAAGAAGGAGUAGAAGGUUUCUUCAAAGGCUUCGGCAAGGGAAUGGUCGGACUGGUAACCAGACCCACCGCUGGGGCCAUUGAUUUCGCCAGUGGCUCCUUUGGGGCAGUACGUCGGGCAACGGAACUCUCCGAAGAGGUAAAACGUGUAAGGCCGCCCCGGUUUCUUCAGCCUGACAGUCUUGUCCGGCCGUAUGUCCAUGCAGAGGCCGAAGGCAACAAGAUUUUACUUGAUCUAGAAAAGGGCAAGUACGCAAAUACCGACGUCUACUCUUACCACACGUUCGUCGGUAAAGACGUUUUACUCAUGACCGACAAGAGGAUCGCGUACUUAGAGCACAGCGACCUCUUUGGAGGCUGGAAAGUAGACUGGGGAUACACAUGGGCAGAAAUUACCGAGCCGAGGAUCAUCGAAAAGGGGGUACAGAUUGCGGUCAAGGAGGCCAAGAAAAAGAAACUCGGCGGGUUAUUCGGGUCAGAUACUACGGGUAAGAUUAUUCUGAUCAAUGACCUCGCGGUAAGGCAUCAAGUUUUUAAUAUGAUUAGGCAGCAAAUUGAGAGAUUGGAGACGCAGUAAGCUUGCAAAUGUCAAGUCAUUAUUAAACUGCCAUUUUUUAAAUUUUUUUUGUUUUCUUGUUUUUUUACGAAUUUUUAUGCACAAUAAAGUUUACGCGCACAUUUUUUAUCAUUGAUCAUGUUUUUUUAUUUAUUUAUUUUUUUUUUAUUAUGAAAAAAAAUAGCCGGGAAUAUAAGCGGCCAUUUUAUGCGCCGGCCAUUUUGUCGAAGUCUAGUUUUGUCUCAGGAAAUGAAUACAAAGAAAAAUAUUAAUAAACAAUCAUCACAAGGCCUGUAUAAUAAUAAAAAAUAUAUUAUUAUUAAAAAAAUAGAUAUUAAUAUAUAUAUAAAUAUAAAAUAGAAAGGGUUGAAAAAGUUUUUAGGUUACAGUUACAGAAAACUAUAAAUCAACUUUACAUCCGGAAUUAUCAUUUGUACAAAAAAAAGUUGUAAAAAGAUUUUGUAAAAAAUUUAAUGCUCGACAAAAAAGUUUCUAUGACAUUUAGUCAAAAAUUUGAAAAAUUUUGACUUAUUUUCAAAAUUAUAAAUUCUGAGAAUAAUAUGCUCUAAUGAAGCUUACUUAAAAUAUAUAUAACUCAAAAACUAUUGGAUUUAUAUGAAAAUUUAUAAGGACCAUUAUUGUAGAGAAUUAAAUUCCCUACAAAAAUUAUUUGAAACUUUUUUUUAUAAACUCAAUAGUUUCGCUGAGAAAUUAAAUUUAAAUUAAAUCUUUACAAAAUACUUCAUUUUUCGCGGCAAAGUUUUUAAAAUUUUUUUCAAAAAAAAAUUUAAGUCUUAAAAAGACUUAAGUCAGAGAAAGUACGUGAACUUUUCCGUAACUGCAAUCAAAUUGCUUUUUUUUCCUGAUAUUAAUUUGUUUAAAAAAAAAACGCUUCCACUGUUUUGUAACUAAAUAUUAU